AUGGCCGCAGAAGACGACUCCGACAACGAACGCGACGAAGCAGACGACUACCAAUUCUCCUGCAUCCUCGACGGCCACGAAUCCGAAAUCAAAUGCCUCGCGUGGAGUCCCUCUGGCCAAUACCUAGCGACGUGCUCCCGCGACAAGAGCGUGUGGAUAUGGGAGGAGCUCGAAGACGAUAACUUUGAAACUGUGGCUGUGCUGCAGGAACAUGAUGGUGAUGUCAAGAGCGUGGCGUGGCACCCGGAAGAAGAUUUGUUAGUGUCUACGAGUUACGAUGAUACGGUUAGGUUGUACAAGGAGGAUGCGGAUGAUUGGGUGCAGGUGAGUAUGAUUGAUGGGCAUGCGAAGACGGUUUGGUGGGCGGAGUUUGAGGGGGGUGGGAUGGCGGGGAGGGAUUGGAGGAAGGACACAUCCACCACCAGUACAUCGGACGCAUCACAACAGCAGCGAUCGGAGUAUAUCAAGGAGUUGGAACGAUCGGGCCCUAGACUCGCGACUUGCUCAGACGACUGCACAGUAAGGAUAUGGCGAAGGAAAGCGAAAGAAGGGGACGACAACGCGAGUAACAAGACGGGCGUCCCUAGUAUCAUCCGCUCGGCGGCUAUCGACGAGGAGUGGUAUCAAGACGCUGUUCUGCCACGGGUUCACGAACGCGCUAUUUAUUCGGUUUCUUGGAGUCGCAGGACGGGUAGGAUUGUUAGUGCGGGGAGUGAUGGUAAGGUUAUUGUUUAUGAGGAGAGGUGGAGGGGACAGGCUGGUGGGGAGGAGAUGGAGGUUGAUGGCGCACAGGAACAGGGAUUGACGGAGUGGGUGGUUGUUGCGGAAUUGUUCUCUGGUCAUGAUGUGUUCGAGAUUAACCAUGUUUGUUGGGCGAAGAGGGCGGAUAAGGGGAGGAGGAGUGAGGAGGAGGAGGUUGUGCUUACGACGGGGGAUGAUGGGGAGGUGAGGGUUUGGGUGUUGGAUGAGGCGUGA